AUGCGUAGUGUCGUGAGGGCGGAUGAACAACGUCCUCAGGAAACGAAAAAAGAAACAAACCAAGAGGAGAUUGAUGGAACACUAAAAACAGAGCUCGACAGGUCUACACCGACACCGAACAAUGCCCCUGCUUUCCGAACACCUUCAACAAUGACCCGAACUCACAAGAUCAUGCUAGCAGCUACCAUGUCCGUGACUCAAUUUAUGAUGGCACUUUCCGUAGGAUCAAGUCUACUGAUCAUCCCUGUGAUGGCGGACUACUUCAAUGUUUCGAUUCUAGCUGUACAAUGGGUAGCUUCAGCUUAUCAACUCGCCUAUGAGGGCGAGAUUGAGGUAGGAAACAAAGCUGAAAAGAUUGAGCUUUUUAGUGGAUUACUGGUCGCUGGCAGACUCGCAGAUCUAUAUGGUAGAAAGAGAUUAUUCUUAUUCGGCUUAAUCGUCGGAGUGAUAGCCAAUAUAAUCUCUGGAGUGAUCCCUAAUCGUAUAGGAUUAACGAUCUUCCGAGCUAUUGCUGGAUUAGGAUUAUCGAUUUCUGCACCUGCAGGAUUUGGGAUUGUAGGUACUAAUUUUCGUGAAGAACCUUCUAGGACAAUGGCAUUUGCCGCUUUGGGACUUGGUACUCCUGUGGGUGCUGUAGUAGGGGAAAUCAUCGGAGGUUUAAUAGCAGGUAUUGGAAAAAAAGGUUGGCAAUAUGUAUACUUCCUGAUAGCAGGUUUUGGUAUCAUACCAAUAAUAUCAGGAGUCAUAUAUAUUCCACGAGAUGACGAAGUGUCGUCGUAUGUGAACCCUCCAAUCGAGAAUAACAUCCAGGGAGAAGAAGUACCUGACCAACAAGAAUCAGCUGUGUCAAUCCGAAAUAUCAAGAGAGUAGAUUGGAUAGGUGCAGGAAUUAUCACUGUAGGAUUAAGCUUGUUGAUGUUCUCAAUCACUCAAGCUGGAUUGACUGAGAAAAAGUGGAGAACCCCUUAUAUCCCACCAAUAUUCUCGUUGUCGAUAAUUAUGAUAAUCCUCUUUGGGUUUUGGGAAAGACAUAUCGAGAUCCGUUCCGAGAUAGGAAUACCACCUAUUGUAAGACUGAGUAUAUUCACAAGGCAUAAAUGGAGAGUCACUGCUAUACUUGGUAUAGCAUUCUUCGAUUGGAUGGGGAUCUGCGGCUGGGUAUAUCUCACAAGCGUUUAUUAUCAAGAUUUAUUAGGUUAUUCACCUUUGAAAAACGCUUUAUAUAUACUCCCUGCUCCUGUUACAGGUAUCAUUUGUUGUUAUCUGGUAACUCUUUUGGCACCAAGAGUAAGCGCACCUAUCCUAUUGGCGUUGGGAGGUAUAGCGACUGGAUUAGCAAACUGUUUAUUCGCAAUCCAAUCUCCUGAUACCUUGUAUUGGAAGAAUGAAUUUUUCGGUGCAAUCUUACAACCUUUUGGAGGUGAUUUGACUAUUCCAAUUGGGAGUGUAAUGAUUUCCAAUUUAUGUGAUGACGAUGAACAAAGUAUUGCAGGUGCUUUAUUUCAAGUCUCAUUACAAAUAGCUGGGACCGUGGAUCUAUGUCUAUCAUCAUUGAUCCAAACUCAAGUCGAAUCCAUUCAUGGAUUAUUACAAGGAUUAAGAGUUGCCUUAUGGUUCAAUUCUGCUUGUUGUUGGUUUGUUCUCGUCAUCAUUUUCUUAGCAUUUAGGAAAGUCGGUUUAGCGAAAGAUGUAGCGAAGGGUAUAUAG